AUGAAGUGGGAUUUAAUAGCGAAGCUGGCGCUAGUCGCACCAGCUUCAGCGGAAUAUGUCUGGCCAGCCAAAACGGACGCAAUGGACGAUCUGCUCUUCAAUCAAGCUGGCUACAACCGUAAUGGCGCUCUUUCAGACCAGGUUAAGGAUUGUGCCUUCGGCGCUUUGGAGCCUGGUAUUCAAAAGUCCGCUGAAUGGCUCCGAACUGCUUUCCAUGACGCUGUGACCUACGAUAAAGAUGCUAAGACUGGAGGUCUGGACGCCUCGAUACAAUAUGAGCUGGACCGCCAAGAAAAUUUGGGCUCUGCUUUGAACAGUACCCUGGCAGAUAUCGCCAGCUCAGUCAAUGUCCACAACUCCGCAGCCGAUUUGAUCGCCCUUUCUAUGGUCAUGGCUGUGGCUCGUUGUGGUGAUCUCCGUGUCCCACUUAGAACUGGCCGCAAGGACGCGACAGUUGCUGGUCCCAUGGGUGUUCCAGAAGCCCACACUGAUCUCGAGACUUCCAGACGGAGAUUUGAGAUGGCCACCUUCAACCAGUCCGAAAUGAUCACUUUGAUUGCAUGUGGGCACACCAUUGGAGCAGUACACUCCGUCGAUCAUCCUGAGAUUGUGUCCGGAACACCUGCGCCUGAAAACAUCGCCCAUUUCGAUACCACCAACGACUCAUUCGACAAUGCUGUCGUCACUGAGUUCCUCAACAACUCCACCACCAAUCCUCUGGUUGUCAACACCAACGACACCCUGAACUCAGACAAGCGCAUCUUCAACUCUGACGGCCAUGCCACCAUGAAGAGACUGAUGGAUCCAGCUCACUUCAAAGCUCAAUGCGAAGUUCUCCUCGAGCGUAUGAUUGAUGUGGUACCCGGAGACGUCCAACUGUCUGAGCCUCUCAGGCCAUCAGAAAUCAGACCAUACAUCGACGUCUACCAACUCGACACCAACGGCUCCAUCCAAUUCUCUGGUUCGGUCCGUGUUCGUGUUUCGGCCGAUACGGGCCGUGAUAGCGAGGCUCUCACAGUGGCCCUAUUGCCCACCUAUCACGACGGGAAAGAGGGUGCAGUUAUCUCGACAACCCCCGCCAGAUGGCAAGGCGGCAUGUCCUCCGGCUACCUCCGCGAAGUGUUUAAAUGGCAUGAAUUCAGCCAGACGCUACCUGCCAACCAAGCUCUGAAGACGUUCAACCUCCGUCUUGACAACACCACCUUUGACAAUGCCGGUACGGGUGGCUACCCCGUCAACCCAGACAUUCUCUACCAACUCCGUCAAUCUUGCAUCAAGUAUGACCUUGAGUCGCUACCCCAGAACGGAACCUUGACGAUUGUGGCCGCUGUCUCGAAAUCCCUUCUCAGCACCGGUGCUGUACCCAAGAUCCGAGUCAUCCACAGGAUUGAACAACCGCGAAACUUCAUCCCGGCCCUUAAGCCUGAAGUCAUUGAAAUGAAGCGAAGCGACAAGGAGACUAAUGAGUACGUUUAUUACACUGUUGACGCGAAUGUUCGUUCGAACAGUCUUGAGACUAGCUUUGAUUUGGAAGCGGGCGAUUCGAAGGUCGAAUUUCUUCGCACGGAUCAGCUUCAAGGUGGAAAGUUAUGUGAGCCAUUAUAG